AGGGUGCGCGCGCUCCCUCGCGCACGCGUGCACGGAGGGGGCGAGUGACGCUGCGGCGGCGGCGGGCGGGCGGCGGCGCGUGAGGCGCGCGAUCCCCAGUGUCUUGGGAGCAGUGCCCCGACCCCCGCCGCUCCCGCCGCCGCCAUGUCGGGCCGGUCGGUCAGGGCCGAGACCCGCAGCCGGGCCAAGGACGAUAUCAAGAAGGUGAUGGCGGCCAUUGAGAAAGUGCGAAAAUGGGAGAAAAAGUGGGUGACUGUGGGUGACACAUCUCUUAGGAUAUUUAAGUGGGUUCCUGUGACAGACAGCAAGGAGAAAGAAAAGUCAAAAUCGAACAGUUCAGCAGCCCAGGAACCUAAUGGCUUUCCCUCUGAUGCCUCAGCCAAUUCUUCUCUCCUUCUUGAAUUCCAGGAUGAAAACAGCAACCAGAGUUCUAUGUCUGAUGUCUAUCAGCUCAAGGUGGACAGCAGCACCAACUCAAGCCCCAGCCCCCAGCAGAGCGAGUCCCUGAGUCCAGCACACACCUCUGACUUCCGCACAGAUGACUCCCAGCCCCCCACUUUGGGCCAGGAAAUCCUUGAGGAGCCCUCACUGCCUGCCUCAGAAGUUGCUGAUGAACCGCCUACCCUCACCAAGGAAGAGCCAGUUCCACUGGAGACGCAGAUUGCUGAGGAAGAGGAAGACUCAGGUGCCCCACCCCUGAAGCGCUUCUGUGUGGACCAACCCGCAGUGCCGCAGACAGCGACAGAAAGCUAGCACCAUCCUGGCACCCUCUGCCUCCUGACCCCUGCCUCUAUUUAUUGCAUUCUGGUUCCGGCCGUGCUGUGUUGCUGGGGUGAUGGCAAGCACUGGGGUCCAGAGCCUGCACAUGUGAGCCUCCAGCCUGGAGACUGACAUAGGACUUGGGGUUGUAGCAUCAUCUUCACAUCUGUGGCACCUGUGUCUGCUUGCUUCUGAGGAGAGGAGCACUCAUGUCCUUUUUGCACCCCAAGUAGGCUAGAGCAUCAGCCAUCCCAAGGUUCAUCUGUCACCUCUAGGUAGCAGUCUCUGCUCCUGAACCUCUUGACUGCUCUGCUGGUGCUUUUUAUGAGAAGGAGAUGCAGAAGGUGCUCUCUAGAGAAGAGAGAGCCUAGAGUUACUUGAACUUGAAUGGAGAUUCAUGGACUUCCCUACAGGGCUAGGGCCCUGUAGGCUACUGUUGGAGAAAGACAGGGAGAAACUUUGGAGGGGAGGGAAGGACCUUUCUCCACAUGAGGGCAGAAAGUCUUUAGAGAUGUGCUGUCCUGGCACUCGCCCAUUCUUGAGGUUGUCUUGCCUCUUGUGGGCUCUCUAGCUGCUGACAGUUCUUUGUGCCCCACUGUAACCGUCCCCUGCCCACCAGCACUCACAUGCACACGCACAUGCAGCUUUUUGUUUUCACCUGUACAUUUCAUUCCAACAUCCCCUGCCUCCUGUCACAGACCCUGCUCCAGGAGGAACUUGAGGUUCUGACAAAAGUACCCGUCCCUCACAGUACUCCUUCAGCUCAGACUUUCUAGAAAGUUCCCUUUUCUUUGAAAUCUGCAUGUUUAAUUCGACUUUAUGAUUUUAUUUUUUUGUUUCAAAAAAAGUUUAAGAAAAUGGAAAUGGGCAACAGUGAGUGAAGACAUAUUUUAGCACUGAAUAGAAUAUUUUUAAAAUUAAACUAUUUGAAAUAUG